AUGGUUCGGCGAAGGGAACCCCUUCUCCAACAGCAUAAUUACCUGCAUUUGGGGAACUUUACGAAUGCAGUGCACUUUAUGGCACUGCCCCCAAGCCAGGAGAGUCUGGCGAGGCAAUGGAAAGCCGGAGUGUUUGGGAACUUUCUCGUUACUAUUUUGGCCUUCUUACUGCCCCUUCUCUUGCUCUGGGACGCUGUUUUUGAGUUCGAAAUGCCCGAACGUAAAUUCUCUACAGCUGCAUCUACAGAGGCUCCAACUCCGUCCUUACUCAAACGAAUCACAUUGUUUUACAACUCCAACAGGACAAAGUAUAUACUUGAUGUGGUCUACUACUUGGCCUUUCUUGUGCUUCUAUCGUACGUUCUCAUGGUUGAUAUGCCACGAAGUGGAGUAAGUGUCCUCGAAGCCAUCUCCAUUGGAUUUAUCUGCUUUUCAUUCCUGGAUCUCUUCUUAGAGGUAGGCAGUGAUAAAAUCUUGAUUGGAAAAGUAUACAUUUUGUAA